AUUUAUACAUUAAACUCACCAUUUGAAGUCUAUGACACCUGUGAGCAACACGUAAUAAGAGGACGAGAUUUUAUACUGAAUCAGGGAGAAACAGAUUGAAACUGAAUACAUUCAACCACCACAUUUUAUUAACAACAAUCAACGAAAGAUUUAUUCUUCAUUUAAAACUAUUAAAAAAAAUUUUUUUUUUUUAUUUAAAUAAUAAUAAAGUAGAAAUUUUAUUUUCUACAUUCUAGUGUUUAUUAAUUAAAUAAUAUUGUUAAAAAUUAUCCCAUGACUCCACCAAUAAAACGAGAAGCUUUUAUUUAAUAAUUAACUUGGACUUAAGGAGAUUUUAUAAUAACAUGAAACUUUGUAUUCUUGUCACUAAUCACUUUCAUUCUUCAAUAUUCUAACAGUAACGACAGAGCCGAUUUACAUCGAUAAUACUCCACCAUGGAUUAAUCCUGAGGAUUUAAAAGAUAUCUGUUCUACUUUUGAUGAAAUUGAAAAAGCAACACCAGAAGGCUCUGCUGACUUUGAAGAGGCAAUUAAACUCACCGGCUAUGGAAAAUUCAAUUAUUUAUUGCUGCUUGCUAUUUUGCCUGCUGGCUGGGCAAGUAUUUACGGAUCAACAUCAAUGUCAUACAUUCUUCCUUCAGCAGAAUGUGAUUUGAAUCUCACACUUUUUGAUAAAGGCCUUCUCAAUUCAAUGCCCUUUGCUGGCAUGAUUGUCACCGCUUUCAUGUGGGGUUUUCUAACUGACAUGUAUGGUCGUAAGAAAAUCCUAUCUUGGGGAUAUCUGUUGACAUUUGUAAUAAGUUUAGCAAGCUGUUUUGCCCAUAAGUCCUGGCUUUUAAUAUUAUUCAAAUUUCUCAGUGGUAUUAUAAUAUCUGGGCCGUAUGCAGCUUUAAUGUCUUACCUUGCCGAAGUCCAUAGUGAGAAGCAAAGAUCCCGGAUAUAUAUGUGGCUAGGAGUUUUUUUCUCUCUAGGAAACAUAUCAAUGCCAUGUUUAGCAUGGUUAAUACUACCUAAACAAUGGAAUAUAUUACUAUUUAAUGGUGCAUUUAAUUUAACAUCAUGGAGAAUAUUUCUUAUGGUCUGUGCAAUUCCCGAAAUAUCAGCUUUCAUAGCUCUUUCUUGGUUUCCUGAGAGUCCUCGAUUUCUGUUAUCAAGAGGACGUGAAUCCGAAGCCCUAGAAGUUUUUCGCUUUAUCUACUCCCUCAAUACAGGGAAUGAUCCAAAGACGUAUACGGUCACUCACUUACGUGACGAAGAUUUUGUCAAGAAUCACGGCAAAACAUUGUAUGAGUGUUUUGUUAGUGGUUGCCGACAAAUGAAACCACUCUUUAAACCACCGUUUAUCAUGAAACUUAUUCUUAUUGGGAGCAUUCAACUCGGUGGAACUAUCGGGUCUAGCACAAUAAGAUUAUGGAUGCCUCAACUUUUUGCUAUGAUUGAAACUUACCAAUAUAAUCAUCCGGUUAAAGAGGAUGGACACCUUGAAUCGAUUUGUUCCAUGUUGGAAUACUCGAAUAGUACCUUGGAAACUGGCAAUAAAAAAAAUAUCAGUUUAACAAUAGUCGACAAAGUUUGUGCUCCGGUUAUACUUAAUUCGGCGGUAUAUUUAAAUUCAAUGGUAAUUGCUUUGACAGGAGUCAUUGGAUAUACAUUAGCAGGUUUCUUUAUCAAUUGUGUAGGGAAAAAAAAACUUAUGGUAUUUUGUUUCCUUACUGCUGCUUCAUGCUGUGGUAUUUUAUAUUGGGCUGAAGAUUCAAAUGGAAUAUUAGGAAUUUCAUCAGUAUUUGUUGCUCUGUCUAGUAUUGGUGGUGCAGCAGUAACUAAUGUUAUUGUGGAUCAUUUUCCUACCACUUUAAGAGCAAUGGCUAUUGCUAUUACAAUGAUGAUGGGAAGAAUAGGAGCUGUAACUGGAAAUAUUCUAUUUCCAGUAUUAUUUAAACUGAGUUGUUUAGGUCCAUUUAUCAUGAUUGGAAUUGCUUGCUUAGUGUGUUCAAUGUUAGUAAUGUUCAUACCGUCUAAGAAGUGUGUAAAAUUUGAUCUGAAGAACUGAAACAAUAUUCAUGAUAUUGCGCUAUUUAUUGUAUUCAAUCACUUCCGCUAGUUUAGUUGCGUUAAUUUUCAUUAUAUAGAAACCCUAAAUAACAGAUAUUUGUAAAUAUUUUCUCAUUAUAAUAAUUAAUGUGGUAAUAUAUUUAUGUAUAUACACAAAUAAGGUAUACAUCCAAUAUAAGGUUUUUAUACGUUUUUAAUUUAAAUAAUAUACGAUGUUCGUAUGUAUUAUAUUUUUGUAAAGUAAUUAUAUUUACAGUUGUAAAUAAA